CCCUGUGUGUUCAGUCAUGGCGCCAUCGAGCCGCUGGUACUUUACCCGGGAGCAGCUAGAUCGUAGCCCUUCCCGCCGCGCUGGCCUGGACGCGGACAAAGAGCUCUUGUACCGGCAGCAGGCAGCCAACCUCCUGCAAGAUAUGGGCCAACGGCUCAACGUAUCUCAGUUGACCAUUAACACAUCUAUUGUUUAUAUGCAUCGCUUCUACAUGGUCCAAUCCUUCACUCGAUUCCCUUGUAACUCUGUUGCACCGGCUGCACUCUUCUUGGCAGCUAAAGUAGAGGAACAGCCUCGGAAGCUGGAGCAUGUAAUCAAGGUAGCCCAUGCCUGUCUGAACCCGCAGGAUGCAGCUCCUGACACCCGGAGUGAGGCAUACCUGCAACAAGCCCAAGACCUGGUCAUUCUAGAGAGCAUUAUACUGCAGACCCUGGGCUUUGAGAUUACCAUAGACCACCCUCACACUCAUGUGGUGAAGUGCACACAGCUAGUCAGAGCAAGCAAGGACUUAGCCCAGACCUCCUACUUCAUGGCAACAAAUAGCCUGCAUUUAACAACUUUCAGCCUUCAAUACACCCCUCCAGUGGUUGCAUGUGUCUGCAUUCAUCUAGCCUGUAAGUGGUCUAACUGGGAGAUCCCUGUAUCAACUGAUGGAAAACCAUGGUGGGAAUAUGUGGAUGUAACAGUCACAUUGAAACUAUUGGAUGAACUGACUGACGAGUUUCUUCAGAUUCUGGAAAAAACCCCUAACCGUCUGAAGCGCAUCCGGAAUUGGAGGAUCAGUCAGGCAGCCAAGAAGUCAAAAGAGAGUGAUGAUGAAAGUAUCUCUGAACAGACCAUUCUUAAGAUGAUAUCUCGCAGUGGUGCCAUGAACACAUCACCUUUUUCUGAUUCACAGCCGUUCUCAGCAACCAAACUGGAUGCUGGGAUGGCAGGACAGUGGACUAUCCCACUACAUAAUCAGCGGGAGCAGCACAGGACUAGUGAGCACUCAGCAUCCCAAUUAUCCAACGCCAAACCAACUCCCCUAGCAAAAGUUUCACUGAAAGAGUACAGAGCAAAGCAUGCAGAGGAGUUGGCAGCACAAAAGCGGCAGCUGGAGCACAUGGGAGCCAGUCUGAAGGAACAGUAUGCCUGUGCUGCUCAGAACUUAUUAAUACAGCAACAACGGGACCGAGAGAAGGAGACCCACACCUCCCCUAUCAUCCUGAAGAUUCCUUUGCAUGAGGUAAGUCAAGAUCGACCAGAGAAGUCGACAAGCUUGAAGGUGCGUCUUCCUUUGUCCAGCCGAGAAAAAACAGAGGAUGGAAAGAUUCGUAUUAAAGUGCCAAAUGAGGAAAGUGUGAGCGGCAAGAGCCGAGACAAACAUCGGAGUAGCUCUUCAUCAUCUCAUCACCACCAUCACCACCACAACAACCAAUCUGUCCGGCAGAACCAUCAGGAGCCAUCAACCAGCACAAGCAGUAAGAAGUCUUCUGCAGCUCUGGGGGGUUCCUCUCAUAAAACAUCUGUCCCUUCCCGAAAAAGGCCUCCAUCAGAGGAUGUCACUGUACAUGAACCUCCUUCUCACAAAGUGAGCAGAACUACCAGAGCUCCUGCACAAGACUCCCCUUUGGCACAUGCUACUCACAGGCCGCGAGCAAAUCAUGGAAAAGCAGACAGGGAGUCAUCUGGUUCCAAUGGCCAUGGUGCCCCGAAAACAAUUGAUUACCAGGACACGGUAAACAUGUUACAUUCACUGCUUAGUGCACAGGGAGUGCAACCCAUGCUGCCUCCUCAGUAUUUGAAUCAGUAUGGAGAGUACCGUAGGGCUAGGCCCAGCAGCACGGAAAAGCCCAGACCACCACCGCCACUUCCUGCUGAACCACCACCUCCUCUCCCACCACUUCCUAAGUGAUAUCUGCCGUCUGCAGGCUCUACUUAUUUGUCUGUCCCGGAGGAUAUAUUUUUCCAUCAACUAAGCACUAUCUUACCAGCAUACCUUUUCUCUGUCCUUGUUCUUCCAUGUUUUUUUCAUCACCGGAUCUCUCGUGUUCAAAAUCUUUUCUAAAGAUGUGCUUACUUGUUUAGGGUUCAGAUGGAAUCAGUGAAACAAACACAGUGCUCAGUCUGUGUCAAUUUCUCUUUUGUGUUGUAUGAUCCUACGUUCUUUGCAGAAUUAUCUCUUACUUAUGCUGCCUGUCCAAUUGUGAUUGUCUUGGUUGCAGUCUUUGUCUUUUUAAAACGGGUCACUGAUUAUAAAAGUAGAUAUUGGAAGGAAUGAUAAAUGGAAUCUUGAAAAA